AUGGCGAACAACGGAAAACAGUUACAAGUCAGAAUCGCUCCGAGUCCAAGAUGUAAGAGCUGUACACCACGACUAGAUAUGGACCCACAAAAUGUCAAAGCAUCGGCAUGCAUGAAAAUAUUAUCAGUUCUUGGUCACAAAUCACUGGACGAAAAGCUUCUGCAACACGACAUCAGACGAAAGCGAUCAAAAAGCGCAAGAUUCGUGCGCAAUUUUAUGUCAAAAAGUCUUUCUGCAGCGAAAACGCCAGGAUUUGGGAAAGAGGACUUAGAAAAACUAUCCAUAGAGCAACUUCAAGAGCUUCUAAAAUCGUUUGCAAAUAAACUCGUGGAGAAAAGACGAGAACACGCUGACGUUUUAGAAACAAAGGCAAAAGAGACCGAAAAAAUGGUCAAGUUUAUGGAAAAGAUACAAAAUAUUGAACAAGCCGCAAAAACAACUUUAAAACCAUGUGUAAAUGUUUUACCCGAUUCGGACGACAUGGCUAGAGUACUGUUACUGAAUUAA